UGAGCUGGUGGCGGGAGGGUGAGCUGCUAGGCUGACAGAAAGGCCGGCCAGAGUGGGGGCCGCUCCGCUGCCGCUGCCGUUGCCGCCGCCGCUGUAAUGCGAAGCCCGAGCUGCGCCCAGCGGUGGAGUCAGAGCCGGGGCGCGGGAGCAGGAGCUGCAACAUCAGCACCAGCGGCGGCGGCGGCGACGGCGGCGGCGGCGGCGGCGGCGGUACCUGCAGUAGCUCCCGGGCCCCGCGCUUUGCUCUACGCCCCGCGGCGCCGGGAGCCGCCGCCCCGCGUUCUCAAUGGAUGUCAAGGCGGCCCCCAACGGGGUGGCCACCAUCGAGGACCGGAUCCUGCGGAUUACUGGCUACUAUGGCUAUUACCCGGGUUACUCCAGCCAGAAAAGUACCUCCAGAUCAUCAGUGACUCGAUGCAAGCCAGGACCCAACUGCCCCAGCUCACACAGCAGCAUCAGCAGGCAACUGUCCCCUCUGUCGGUCACGGAAGAUUCUGCCGCUCCUAUUCUUGAGCUUCAGAGCAGAGGAUCCUCCGGGGUUUGUGGUCGAAGAGUGGAGAGACAGAACAGAUCAGGGGAUGAUGGGGCACAGAAUCACCCUGAGAGCAGCAGCCAAGAAAACGGACUCAAGGCGCGCUGCCUGUCCUGCACGUCUGUGGUUCUGAAGACCAUCUGGGGACUCUUGAUCAUCCUGUCAGUGUCGUCAUCUUGGGUUGGAACCACACAAAUUGUAAAAAUCACUUACAAGAACUUUUACUGUCCCUUUUUCAUGACUUGGUUUUCAACAAACUGGAACAUUAUGUUCUUCCCAGUCUAUUACUCCGGCCAUCUGGCCACGGCUCAAGAAAAGCAGUCGCCAAUGAAAAAAUUCAGGGAAUGCAGUCGGAUCUUUGGUGAAGAUGGCCUGACACUGAAGCUCUUUCUUAAAAGAACUGCUCCCUUUUCUAUUCUGUGGACUUUGACAAAUUACCUGUAUUUACUGGCUUUAAAGAAGCUGACAGCCACUGACGUCUCUGCUCUGUUCUGUUGCAACAAAGCCUUUGUCUUCUUGCUGUCCUGGAUUGUGCUGAAGGACAGGUUCAUGGGAGUACGGAUCGUCGCAGCAAUAAUGGCAAUUACCGGCAUCGUCAUGAUGGCGUACGCGGAUAAUUUCCAUGCUGAUUCCAUCAUCGGUGUGGCAUUUGCUGUGGGCUCAGCCUCCACAUCUGCACUGUAUAAGGUUCUGUUUAAGAUGUUUCUGGGCAGUGCCAACUUUGGUGAAGCUGCACACUUUGUCUCUACCUUGGGGUUCUUCAAUUUGAUCUUUAUCUCCUUCACGCCCAUCAUCCUGUAUUUCACCAAGGUGGAGCACUGGUCCUCCUUUGCUGCACUGCCCUGGGGCUGUCUCUGUGGGAUGGCAGGACUAUGGCUAGCAUUCAACAUCCUGGUAAACGUUGGAGUGGUCCUGACAUAUCCAAUCCUCAUCUCCAUUGGAACAGUACUCAGUGUUCCUGGAAACGCAGCUGUGGAUCUCCUGAAGCAAGAGGUGAUAUUCAAUGUGGUCCGCCUGGCUGCCACCAUCAUCAUCUGUAUCGGGUUUCUUCUGAUGCUACUGCCGGAGGAGUGGGAUGAAAUUACUCUGAGAUUUAUCAACAGCCUGAAGGAGAAGAAGAGCGAGGAGCAUGUGGAAGACUUGACAGAUGUGAGUGUGCACCUGAGGAGCAGAAGCAGGGUCAACGGGACAGUGUCCCUACCGCUGGCUUGAACAGAAACGACCCCUGGAUGCACGUGUGUGUAUAUUCUGUGAAUAUAAAAUUUUCUCACUACCUGUACAUUCAAAUGACACUAUCAACUCCGAGUUUAAAUAAACCAUAUGUGAAAUAUCACCAAGAAUAAAAGUUUACAUUUAUAUGCAUAUCAAGGAACUGAUGUAAAUAAUCAUAAUAAAAUUUUUUACUAAAA